AUGGGAAACGGCGCCUCAGAGGACUCGCUUUCGGAGAUGCCUUCGACGGUCAACCCGAGAUCCAAUCUGGGAAACGGCGCCUCAGUAGACAAAAACCCUCAGCUUCUCUUACAAGUUGAACCAAUUCUGACAAAUCACGUGGAAGAUAAGUCCACAUCUGGGCCAACCCAUCUCAUCCCAUUUGGGCCUAAUUCCCUCCCAACUCAUGAGCCCGCCUCCUCUAAUCCUCAACCCACCAACAUACUUCACAUUUCCCCCUUUUUGGGCCUACCGAUUGUGGAGAAGAAGCUGCAAGAUGGCGGUGGCGGCUCCGUCGAGAGCGGUGGCGAUUGGUGGUGCGUUUGCCGAUGGACAACUGUUUGGGCUCUCGGAGGUGGCGGCUUGCCGGCGGCUGCUGUUCGUCGGCGGCAGUGUUGA